GCUGACCGGGCGCACCCGGAGGAGGAGGGCCGGCUUCCAGGCGCGAUGCCUCACUGAUGUUGGACAACCAGAUGUUGGGUGUCUCCUAAUGAGAUGCAACUUGGAGUACAGAGCACCCAGGAAAGAGAGAUGUGUCUAAGGAAACAUUCAGACAAAUCCAGAAUGUGAUGGGGCAGCUCAAAAAACAACUGGCUUGGACUCCAGAAAGGGGCCACCAUCGGGUCCCCAGGGCCUGCGUUUAUCAAGCACCUGCGCGCCCUGCGCACAGCUGCAGGUGCCUCGGCCUCAGGACCUUGCUGCUUGCUGUUUCCCGCUGGGAGGGCCGACCCUGUCCGGGACUAGGCCGGUGACUUGCCCCUAGCCACGGAGACAGCUGCAACCCGGGACCUCAGACCUGACCCGAUCCCGCCGGCGCGGAGCAGCGGGAAGCCAGGUUCCUCCACCACCUCCCGGCCAGGGCCCAGCCACCUGCCCACAGAAUGCCUGAGGGCCCUGAGCUGCAUCUGGCCAGCCGCUUCGUGAACGAGGCCUGCAGGGGCUUGGUGUUCGGCGGGUGUGUGGAGAAGUCACCUGUCAGCCGCAACCCUGAGGUGCCCUUUGAGAGCAGUGCGUACUGCAUCUCAUCCUCGGCCCGUGGCAAGGAGCUGCGCCUGACCCUGAGCCCCCUGCCUGGGGCCGAGCCCCCACGGGGGCCACUGGCUCUGGUCUUCCGAUUCGGCAUGUCUGGCUCCUUCCAGCUGGCGCCCCGGGACGCAUUGCCGGCCCAUGCCCACCUGCGCUUCUACACAGCUCCCCCCGGUCCCCCACUCGCCCUCUGCUUCGUGGAUACCCGCCGCUUCGGCCACUGGGACCUCGGGGGCGAGUGGCAGCCCGGCCGCGGGCCUUGUGUCUUGCUGGAGUAUGAGCAGUUCAGGGAGAACGUGUUACGAAACCUAGCGGACAAGGUCUUUGACCAGCCCAUCUGCGAGGCCCUCUUGGACCAGAGGUUCUUCAAUGGUAUUGGCAACUAUCUUCGGGCAGAGAUCCUGUACCGGCUGAGGAUACCCCCCUUCGAGAAGGCCCGCAAGGUUCUGGAGGCGCUGCAGCAGCACAGGCUGAGCCCGGAGCUGACUCUGAGCCAGAAGAUCAGGGCUAAGCUGCAGAACCCAGACCUGCUGGAACUGUGUCACUCCGUGCCCAAGGAAGUGGUCCAGCUGGGGGGCAAAGGUUACGGGCCGGAGAGCGGGGAGGAGGACUUUGCCGCCUUUCGAGCAUGGCUUCAGUGCUAUGGCAUGCCCGGCAUGAGCUCCCUGCGGGACCGGCGUGGUCGGACCAUCUGGUUCCAGGGGGAUCCUGGACCCCUGGCACCCAAAGGAGGCAAGUCCCGCAAGAAGAAAUCCAAGGGAGCACAGCAGGGGCCUGAGCACAGAAUGGAGGACCCUCUCCUUCCAAGCACGGCCCCUCCCGGCACAUGUGGGGCUAGCAGAGGCCCUCCUGAGCAAAGUAGAGCAGAGCAGCCUGAGGGCACCAGCCUCCAGCAGGGCCCAGAGGCCCCCCGAGUCCCUGAGAAGGCAAAGAGGAGGAGGCGACCAGCAGCCGCAGGCCACCGCAGACCCCGAAGGAUCAAGGCUGACACCCCAUCCUUGGAGAAUGAGGGGACGGCAGCCUCCUAG